GAAAUGGCAGGUCCAUCAUCGUUUCGAGGGCUGGGUAAUUUCUUCAGCUUCUAACCAGAGUUUUGUUUCAUGUAGUUCAUCAUCAGCUGCCAGUUUCUUCGCGGAUAUCGUUUCAGGUUGCUGUCUUGGACGAGAUGGCGUCCGCACAAAAUGUCGAGUUGGAGGCAGCAAAGUUUCUGCACAAACUAAUUCAAGAAUCUAGAGACGAGCCAGCAAAAUUGGCUACAAAACUCUACGUGAUAUUGCAACACAUGAAGUCGAGUGGGAAAGAACAUUCCAUGCCAUAUCAAGUAAUAUCAAGAGCCAUGGAGACUGUCAUCAAUCAACAUGGUCUUGAUAUUGAAGCUUUGAGGGCUUCACGCCUUCCUCUCACUGGUGGAACUCAGAUGGGUGAUUCUACCACUGCACAAUAUGCGGGCUCCUCCAGUGUUGUUGGUACAGCUAAAGAUUCCAAAAUGGGUAUAUCUGGAAGUGACACCAGAAGUGGCUCACUUGCUCCAAGCAAGCCACCUGUUGCCCCAAGUAGUACAGAUCAUGAUUACUACCAAGGACCUGCAACUCAUCGGAGUGGUCAAUCUUUUGAUCAAGGAAGUCCUUCUAGUUUGGAUUCGAGGUCUGCCAACUCACAGUCACAAGAGAAGCACGAUUCAGUGAGUUGGGACAAACAACUAAAUGAUAAGGAUGGUAAGAAGGGCACCAAGAAGAGGAAGAAGGUGGAUACAUCAGUUAUGGAACCCACCGUNGACGAUACCCAUCAACUUGAUUCCCGCAAUCCAUCGGUUAAUCCUAGGAAUGUGAAGACAAAUAGGCUCGAACCACCGGCAUAUCUAGUUAAGGGAGGCAAUAUUGAGCAGGUGAAGCAUGGAUUAACAAAGGCUGCUGAAAAGGCUAUUGACCCUCAAAUGUAUUCUGUGAACAGAGGUGAUGGGAUAUCUACCUCGGGCGAAAAAGUUUUGGAGAGUGAACUACCUAUAUCUAGCACAUCAUCAGUUGAUGCUGCGAAAAUGAUUCAGGGUGCAUGGCGGAACAGCGGACCAGAAAUGAGUAUGUUACGUAACCCCGUUUCUAGAGAAGCAGGAAAGCUUCCUGUUUCUCAGGUUCCUACCUCAUCCCAAUCUCGUUUGCCUUUCAAGGAACAACAAUUAAAGCAACUUAGGGCUCAGUGCCUUGUGUUUUUAGCAUUCAGAAAUGGUUUAAUGCCAAAGAAACUGCAUCUUGAAAUUGCCCUCGGGAAUAAUUCUCCUAAAGAAGAGGGGCUUCACAAAGAUGUUGAUCCUAGAGGCAUUGCUCAAUCUUUUAAUGAGGCCAGAAGUUCCAGUGAAGUCAUGAUGCCAUCAGGAAAGUUGGAUGCUGCAAGGGGAACAGGUACGAUGAUCCCAGGCGCCGUAUCUGCCGGAAGAACCUAUGAGGUUGACUCCAUGAAGGAAGUAGAUAAUAGAAGAGAAGAGGAUAACAAGGGUCCACUUUUUGAUUAUUCUGUUCAAGCAGAAGUAAGAAAGCCAGAAGCUGAACUAAUGCGGGAAAAAGCAAUUUCUCAAACAUUCUUGAGCACUGCAUCGCAUCCCCUUGACUUUUCGAGUGCAAGGGGGAGCUUAACUGCAAAUAACGCUCUUGAGGAUUUGGGGAAUAGCAAUCUUCUGAUUGGACAGACCAAUCAAGCCACUGCUACAGUGGGUAUGAGUAAGCCACUAAACCCUAGAAUUGACAGCACAAAUGAGGUUUCUAGGGGAAGUCUACCAGCCUUUGCUAGUCAGCAUGAGCUGGUAGUUGAUAGAAAUAAUGAUGCAUCUGCUCAGUUGCACGUUGUUAGAAACAACAGUGGUUUAGGGAGUCAAUGUACUAAUAGUCGGUCUUCUUUUUCAAUAGGGGAGCGGUGGAAACCUAUCUCUGGGACAUAUGAUCAAUACCAUGCUGUAAUGCCUUUGAGAGAUGCUAGUGUGAUCUCAAAUCUUGCAUCUCAUGAUUAUAGAAAUAUGCCAGAAUCUGAACCUAGAUGCAUUACAGAAGUGCACAAAGUGACAUCUGUAGAUGAAGGGAUAAAUGGCAGCCUAAAUACUAUGGAACAAGAAGAUGAUGGUAAGUCAGUGCCAUCUGAUUUGCUGAUGUCUCGAAAGUACACCAUGUCAGAGAAAUGGAUAAUGGAUCGGCAGAAAAAGAAACUCCUAAAUGAACAAAAUUGGUUACUGAAACAACAAAAAACUGAGAAACGUAUUGCCACUCGUUUUGAUAAGUUAAAGAGUACUGUCAGCUCAUCAGAUGAUAUAUCUGCGAAAACUAGAAGUGUAAUAGAAUUGAAAAAACUUCAACUCUUGCAGCUUCAGCGUCGCCUCAGGAAUGAUUGUCUAAAUGAUUUCUUCAAACCAAUUUCGAAUGAGAUGGACCGCUUGAAAUCUUUCAAGAAGCACAAACAUGGUAGGAGGAUUAAACAACUUGAAAAAUUCGAGCAGAGAAUGAAGGAGGAGAGGCAAAAGAGAAUACGAGAGAGGCAAAAGGAGUUCUUUGGUGAGAUUGAAGUUCACAAGGAAAGACUUGAUGAUGUAUUUAAAGUUAAGAGAGAGAGGUGGAAGGGUUUCAAUAAGUAUGUCAAGGAGUUCCACAAAAAGAAGGAACGAAUUCAUCGUGAGAAAAUUGACAGAAUCCAACGUGAGAAGAUCAAUCUUUUGAAGAUCAAUGAUGUCGAGGGGUAUCUGCGAAUGGUGCAGGAUGCAAAAUCGGAUCGUGUUAAGCAACUUCUCAAGGAGACUGAGAAAUAUCUUCAAAAGCUUGGAUCUAAGCUACAGGAGGCGAAGUCCACAGAAAGCCGGUUUGGGCAUGAUACAGAUGAUGGAUGCGACGUGAAUACUGCUGAAAAAAGUGAAUUUGCUAUCGAGAAUGAAGAUGAAAGCGAUCAGGCAAAGCAUUACUUGGAAAGUAACGAGAAGUACUACUUGAUGGCUCAUAGUGUUAAAGAAAGCAUAGCUGAGCAGCCAGCCUGCCUUCAUGGAGGAAAGUUGAGGGAGUAUCAGAUGAAUGGCCUUAGGUGGCUCGUUUCGUUAUAUAACAACCAUUUGAAUGGAAUUCUUGCUGAUGAAAUGGGGCUUGGAAAAACUGUUCAGGUAAUUUCCCUGAUCUGUUAUUUAAUGGAGACUAAGAACGAUCGAGGUCCUUUUUUGGUGGUUGUACCGUCAUCAGUUUUACCUGGAUGGGAGUCAGAGAUCAACUUCUGGGCCCCAAGUGUGCUUAAAAUUGUGUAUUCUGGACCUCCAGAAGAGCGGCGCAGACUAUUCAAGGAGAGAAUUGUUCAUCAGAAGUUUAAUGUACUUCUGACCACAUAUGAGUAUCUGAUGAACAAACAUGAUAGGCCAAAAUUAAGCAAAAUUCAUUGGCACUAUAUUAUAAUUGAUGAAGGCCAUCGCAUAAAGAAUGCUUCAUGCAAGUUGAAUGCUGAUCUGAAGUACUACCGUAGUUCUCACAGAUUACUCUUGACCGGGACACCGCUACAGAACAACCUUGAGGAGCUUUGGGCAUUACUGAACUUUUUGUUGCCAAAUAUUUUUAAUUCAUCAGAGGAUUUUUCUCAGUGGUUCAACAAACCAUUCCAGAGUAAUGGUGAUAGUUCAGCCGAAGAAGCCUUGCUUUCUGAAGAGGAGAAUCUUUUGAUCAUAAAUCGACUUCACCAAGUUCUUCGCCCGUUUGUUCUUCGGAGGCUUAAACACAAGGUGGAAAAUGAACUGCCAGAAAAGAUUGAAAGACUUGUAAGAUGUGAGGCUUCUGCAUAUCAGAAACUUUUGAUGAGGAGAGUAGAGGAUAACCUUGGUUCAAUAGGAAGUACAAAGGUCCGAUCAGUGCAUAACUCGGUGAUGGAGCUGCGUAAUAUUUGUAACCAUCCUUAUCUGAGCCAUCUUCAUGCAGAGGAGGUUGAUAAUUUGAUACCUAAGCAUUACCUGCCGCCAAUUGUUAGACUCUGCGGAAAGCUUGAGAUGUUAGAUAGAAUAUUACCAAAGCUAAAAGCGACUGAUCAUCGGGUUCUCUUCUUUUCCACCAUGACUAGGCUGCUCGAUGUUAUGGAGGAAUAUCUUCACUGGAAACAGUAUCGAUAUCUACGAUUGGAUGGACAUACAGCCGGGGGAGAUCGUGGUGCUCUCAUUGAGUCAUUUAAUGGGCAAAAUUCUCCCUAUUUUAUCUUCCUUCUUAGCAUUCGAGCUGGUGGUGUGGGAGUGAAUCUCCAAGCUGCUGACACAGUGAUUAUUUUCGACACAGACUGGAACCCACAGGUUGAUCUACAGGCACAGGCAAGAGCUCAUAGGAUCGGCCAGAAGAGGGAUGUGCUUGUUCUUAGAUUUGAAACAGUUCAAACGGUGGAAGAACAAGUGAGAGCUGCUGCAGAGCAUAAACUUGGAGUGGCUAACCAGAGUAUUACAGCCGGCUUUUUUGACAACAAUACAAGUGCUGAAGAUCGAAGGGAAUAUUUGGAAUCUCUUCUACGCGAGUGUAAGAAAGAAGAAGCUGCACCUGUACUAGAUGAUGAUUCUCUGAAUGAUCUCUUAGCACGCAGUGAGCCAGAGAUUGACGUGUUUGAAACAGUGGACAAAGAACGACGAGAGCAUGAGAUGGCUACAUGGAAGAAGCUGGUAGUUGGUCAUGGAAUUUCUGAGCCUAUUCCUCCCAUGCCUUCACGUCUUGUAACAGAUAAUGACCUGAAAGAAUUCUAUGAAGUAAUGAAGAUAACUGAAGAAGUACCAAAACCUAGGGAGGGAGCCCAAGUCGGGGGGGUAAAGAGGAAGAGCGAAUAUCUUGGAGGUCUCGACACACAUAAUUACGGGAGGGGGAAGCGGGCAAGAGAGGUGCGAUCCUAUGAGGAACAGUGGACAGAAGAGGAGUUUGAAAAGAUGUGCAAGGUUGACUCGCCUGAGUCCCCGGGGCCAAAGGAAGCUGUGGCAGGAGAAUCGUCGACCAGUAUUAGUGGGCCAGUUGUAGGAGAUGUUUUGAAGGAAGAACUUCUUGCUGCCUCCCCUUUGCCUCCUGUUGAGCCUAUGGCUCAGCAUCAAACACCACCCUCAAGGCGAGGUCGUGGAAGACCAAAAAGAGCGGCUGUCGAUAAGUCGCCUGCUCAAGUGGUUUCUCCAUCUCCUUCCAUGGCAGACGACGUGGACACAGGGUUGCAAGGAGAAACUAUUUCAAGCAUUUCUAAAACUGGCGGUCUUGAUUCUUUGCCAAGUGAAGGAACAACAUAUCAACUUGUUAAAGAGGUUUCUGCAAACUCUCAGUUAACUACCCCAGUGCCUUCUAUAAUUCCUGCCUCUGAGUCGGCUCCAGCUUGCUCGCCUGCACGGGUUCAAGUGAAAGGUCAUGGUCGAAAAACUCAAACUGGACAACAACCUCCUCGACGAAGGGGGAAAAAACAGGGGCUGGUCCCACCUCCUGUUCCUGGUAGUCUAUCCUCUGAAGUAUGUCAAGAUGAUCAGGGUAAAUCCACAAACCCAGUGGCAAGUCAAGUUAAUGUUGCAAGUGACAUUCCUUCUAGUUUACCUGGUUCUGGCCCUUCAAAACCGGCUGUUGAGGUAUCAUCAAAUUUGGAACCUUGUCCUGCUUUUCCUUCUGUGUCAUCUCUCUCACAAUUUGCUCCUUAUUUCAAUCCUCAGCCUGUACAGCCUAGGGGACAAAGUCGGAAGACGCAAAGUGCAGCUGGAGCACCACGACGUAGAGGAAAGAAACAAGUAGUAGCAGCUGCAUUGCCCAACACCAUGGCUGGUGCUAGUCUAAGUUUGAAUGCGAAUUUGCAAAUGAACCAUAUUGAUUCUUCUUUGAGUACUGUCAAUCAGGAAGAUAAACUGGAAGAUAAUCCCAAUAAAAGCAAGGAGACAAUCAGCCUAUCAACUUGUGGUAGUACUAUGGAACCACAAGUUCUUNCGUCCAAAGCAAACCCUUCUGAGCACUUGAGUAAGAGUCGUGCGGCCCAGGAUGCAACUGUAACAAAUAAUCGUGUAGAUGAAACACUGAAGAGUCAUAGCUUGCGAGACACAACUCAUCCAGUUACAUCAACUCCAGAAACUGCAGUUCCAACAUGUGGUCCUCCAGCCGUUCAUGUUGCUGUCGGGAUGAGUCCCAAAGCUGUAACAGAUGUUGCUAGAGAGACUGCUCCUAUUUCCCAGCCAAUUCAUUCGUCCACAUCAGUGGCUUCAAGCGUGCAAAUUGCAUCUCAAUGUCCACCACCCGUAUAUGUGGAACCUAAACGGCAAGGUCGUAAGACUGCUAAAAGGGUAGAGCCCUCUCAGCGUAGGGGAAAAAAACCGGCCUCGUUGCCUUCUGUCGUUCUUGAUGGUUCAGCUGGCAAGGAAUCUAAAGAUUUGAAUGUGCUUGUGCAACCAGGGCCAUUGGGGGAUUCAAGUUGUAAAGACAUAGGCCUAAUAGGUAAAACUGAGACUGAGAAUCAAGAAUCAACCAAUGUUCAGAAUCACGCAGGUUGUACCCAAAUUAUAGAUACUGUGGAUUCCCAGGAUCUGAAAAGAAAGGAGCAAGUACCCAAACCUGCUCAACAUAAACAGCUUUUGGCAUCAUCAACAAAGAUUGAUGCUACUGGAGCCUUGGACAAGACCUCUGCAUCAGGCCGUUAUCAAACUGCAAAUGUAAAUGACGUUGCUCGGGUAAUGAAGGAAGUCUUCUCUGGGACUGGCUUGUCAAAAGCUAAAGUUGGAGCGUCGUCUGAGAUUGAAAACAAGGAUGCUUCCGCGAUGCCUGUUUUGAGCAAGUCCUCUAUGGAGGUGACCAAAAGUCAUAAAUCAGAGGCUAUUUUAAAUUCCAACAUUCCAGUUGAGGCCCAUGAAAAAGAAUAUUCAGUUGUAGCUAAUGAAAUGAGACCAGAUUCUGCAAAUGCUUUAGAAGAAUCUAUCGUUCCGAAGAUCGAGGAUGACGGUUCUGGAUGUGCGAAGGCUGAUUCAGUAAAUAAAUUGGUUGAAUCAAGAGAAACAUAUGAUGGAUGCUCAACUGUGGUUAGUGGCUCUGCAAUUUCAUCAAACUUCAACAAUGCUGAUCAUAAUCCCCCAGAAUCCUCGCCUGUUUCCUCAAGUCUGGGUGAUUCCAAGGUAUCAAAGGCUCCUGAGGUGAUGGAUAAUGUAUUGGAAAAUGAAGCAAACCCUGUUAGUGGAGGAUCUUUAAAAUCUUAUCCUGAUAGAAGCAACUACGAAGUUCCCUCGCCUUCGAAGAACGAUGGUGUAAAUCAUCCUGCUCCUUCGAAUAACAUGGCAGAACUGCCUUUGGAAGAGCCUUCAGAAUGCCCUCUUGAUAUGUCAAGUAGAUCUCAUACUACAGUGACCGUUGCCACGACUACUGUUGAAAAUGCAGAAAUUUCUGCUAACCAAGCUCAUCCGAGUCAAUCGAAAACUCUUGAUGAUCAAAGAAUAAUUUCUGUGGACUGUCCCUGUGAACCAGCCUCUGAUAUCACAAAGAAAACUCUUGACGUGGAGGGAUUCUCAGAACCAUCAGAAUUUGAUCAUACAAGUCUUGAAUGUCCUGCAACCACAUCUAUGCCUGAAAUGUCGGGUCAAUGUUCGAUCGACUACUCUCCUGAGAAGAUAGGCAUGGAUUCUGGCAGAGCUGUUGAAACUUUAAAAGCAAGACCUGCGGGGCAAGAUUGUCCCAGUGUAUCUUCUGGUACAACAGAGAAUACAACGAUGAACGAAACGGUGCCUGUUUGUGCUGCAGUUAAGAUGGAAGGUGAUCUUAGACCUGUUAUGAUUGUUGAAACUUCGAUGGAGAAUCCUGGUCAAGAUUGUCAUAGUGUCUGUCAAAGUCUCUCAGCUCAUAGUGAAAAUCUCGAUCAUCCAGAUGUUUCAAAUUUUAAUGAGAGUUCCGACGUAUGUAUGCCAGGUGCUGAAAUUGAAGUUCAAGGACGUGUUUCUGUAACUACUAUGAAUAUUGAGAGUAAACAUAAAGAAGUGAAUGAUACUGAUCCUGCUGUUGAACAUAUGGAUGCUGCCUCGAAGCAGGGGAGGUCUAGUGGUAGUCAAGAUCUUUCAAACGCAGGUGCACCUAAUCUGGUGGAGCAAACAUCGGGAAAUAAAUUAGAGCUUACUUCAGAAGAAUUGCCAACUUUUCCUUCAUCUGAUCAUGGAAGCGUUCAAGUCCUUGAAGCUUCUGCUGGAAGUCCCGAUGGUAGAGGUUAUGCUGUGGAGCCUGAUUUGCUAACUCCUAGAGUUGAGGCUGCGGAAUGCACUUUCAAAACUGAUGUUGAAGGUCAGAAAACAUCAUUAAAUGAUAGUAGUAAUCGUAUUCCGGAUGAGAAUUUGAAGGUAUCAGAUCACGUGGAAGAAAACGCCGAAUUUGUUAAUCCUGAGAAUGUUCCUGAGAAAAGCGUUCCGAUUCCUCGGAUUCAGGAUAAUGAAGGUAACCGAGCUGACAACCAUGGUGCAUGUCUCAGGGAUAUGGAUAUCUCCAGUUCUGAUGCUGUUGUUGAAAUGGACGAUUCUGACGAAAAACGUGUAUCAGAAGGUAAAACUGAUGAUAUGGUUCUGCUACCAGCUUCAUUGCAGGGAGGGGAAGAAAAUUGUUCUUUCACAUCUGUGGGAGAUCAAGUUGAUAAUUUAGGGAACCAGGAGGAACCCAACAAAUUUGGAGUUCAAGGGUCUCCUGGGGAGAAAAAGCAAUCCGAUCCUCUAGUCGAGGAUGUUCUUGGAACUUCGGCACAAUCUUUAUCUUCUUCAGAAGUUAAGGAUUCAUAUACGAUGACGUUGCUCGAUACAAAUUUAGAUAAUUCAGGUGAUCAAACUGAUUUACCUGUAUCCUCAUCCACGGUGACAGACAGAGAAAAGAUUGGGGAUUCUUCCAAGGAUGAUUCGUGUGGCUGCACGGUCACAGAUUCAGUAGAAGCUCUCGAGGAUAGUGGACUAUUAACAAACGAGAUGUCGGAUGUUUCGGUUGUGCCUGCUUCAUCGUCUCAAAUGGAACCCAUUAGCUCCCCAGUCUCUCUGGAGGGGCCAAGUGAUUAUCAAGGUAGUGAUCAUAUGGUGGCAACACAGGAUAACCUGGUUUUAUCAGAAAACGUAUCAUCUGAGGAAGACAAGCUGCGAAACUCGUUCGAGAAAACCUUAUUAGAUUGUGCAGACCCGUCGGAGGAUCGUAAGGAGUCUGAUAUUAGCAGCAAGGGACAGCUUUUAAGCAUCACUGAAAACCUCCGCUUCAAUGAUCCUUCCAAUCAUCUAACGGUAUCAAAGAAGUUGGAAGCUUCAGCUGGUGAUCAGACAGGGGAUGUUCAUCAAACAGGGGAGGCUGUAUCAGUAAAUGCAGUUGAUACCUUUACUCAGCCCGCACCUCCAACAACCAUGGAAGAAGAGAAGUCCGAUGCCUUACUCGACAGUGGUCUAAUUGCUAGCUCAUCAUCACGGCCACUGAACGACAUACAAGGUUCUCAGUCCGAUACAGAUCCAAUGGAUUCUUCUCAAGCUGGUGCGAUUUUAGAAAAGAAUAUAUCAGGAGAAACAAUUGUGUCUUCGUCUUCUCCGGUUUCAGAGGAGGUAGGAGCAGGUCUAAUGCAAUCUGUUGCUGAAGUUCAGACGAUUGACCAAACAGAUGCAUCCGAGGUGGGGGAGCCUUCUCUAGAGAAGGCUGUCACAGAAGUAGCCAAUCCUCCAUCCUCUCUACCUGCUGAAACUGAAAGUAUGGAAAGCUCACAAGUUCCAAGUCCGAUCGAUAGCGCCAUUGCAGUUGUAGAAGCAGUCGUACGCGACGAAGCCGAUGAUGUACUCACAGCAAAUGAAAGGUGCCAGUCAGCAGGUGGCUCAUCAGUGCAGGAUCCGGCUGACAGCAUUGCAGGUGUAGAAAUGGUCAUAUGUGAUCAAGCUGAUGUUCCUCCAACCUGUGACACGGCACAGGGUGCAGUUGAUACAACAGCCAUAUGUGCUCAAAUUGACGUACCUCCGGUUUGUGACACGGCACAGGAUCCAGCAGAUAGCACUACCAUACGUGAUAGAGUCUAUGUACCUUCAGCUUGCAAUUCAGCACAGGGUACAGCUGAUACCGCUGUCGAGUGUAAUCAAGUCGAUGUACCUCCAGCUUGCAACUUGGUCCAGAGUCAAACUGAUAGCGCCACUGCAGCUGCAGAAACUACCAUAAGCGAUCAAGUCGAUGUGUCCUCCAGUUCGACUCUGCCAGAAAAUGAAUCUGCAAAUUUGGACCUGCCUCCUAGCUGUUCAGAAGUAGAGGACGAAAGCAUCGAGCACCAACUGGAGGAAACUCCAGUCAACAAGAGUUCAGUUGAAUCAGAAUCAGAGGAUCCAAAGCAAAGUGAAUGAAGGAAGGUUUCUUCUGUACAUUUUUUUUGUAUUCCCCUGCUAUAUAAGUUUAUCCUACGGGGGAAAUUGUAGGUUAAGUUCAUACGAAUCUCUGCUAUCAUUUUGCUUUAGAUUUUGUGUGUGUAUAUAAGUAUAUGAAAAUUACGGCUUUAGGAUACAUAAGCAGUUACCAGAAAA